AUAGAGGAAGAGAGAGAGAGUGAGUUUCUAGAGAGAUAAAAUAGUACAGUAAUCAUACAUACAUAUACACUGAAGUGGUACACAUUACAAGAGCUCUCUCUCUACCUAUGACACUGCUGAGCUCACUUUUCUUCAUCUCUAGGGUUUGAACUUUGAACUUUUCUCUUUAGGUUUUUCUCGAGACACAGUCGGCACAAAGAAAAACUCAGAACUACAUCACAACAUCAGAACCACUACCAAAGAAACCCUAACUCAACUCUGGAGAAACUAGUACCCAGAUUUCAGUACAUUGGUGCGUCUAAUCUGAAUCUGUAGAACAAAUCUGAGACCGGAAAAAUCCCUGAUUUGAACACUGAGAUGGACAGAUCAAGAUCUAAGAGGUACUACUACGACCAAGACUACGAUUCCGAAACCCUACCCAGGAACAAACAACGCUACAACAGUCACGGCAGCCAUCACUACACUGCCAACAACCACCACCGCCGUUCCGCCGCCGGAGGCGGCGGCGGCGGCGGCGGAGGUCGUAAGGUCCAGGAUCCCUCGCUUAUGGUCACUACGAGUUACCGGAUUCUGUGCCAUGACAUUAAGGCCGGUGGUGUGAUUGGGAAGUCUGGAAGCAUAAUUAGGGCUAUUAGGCAACACACUGGGGCUUGGAUCAAUGUGCAUGAGUUGGUACCUGGAGAUGAGGAGAGAAUCAUAGAGAUAUCGGACACGCGGAGGCGGGACCCCGAGGGGCGAAUGCCGUCCUUCUCGCCGGCGCAGGAGGCCCUGUUUCUGAUACAUGAGAGGAUACUUGAGGGAGAUGCUGGUGGAUAUAAUCUUGGGUAUGGAGCUGGUGAUGAUGAUGACGAUUACGGGCCACGGGGUGGAGGAAACCGGGUCGUGACGAGGCUUGUGGUGUCAAGGAUGCAUGUGGGGUGUUUGCUAGGGAAAGGGGGGAAAAUAAUUGAGCAAAUGAGAUUUGAGACUAAGACACAGAUUAGGGUUCUUCCUAGAGAUCACAGUCUGCCUAGGUGUGUUGCAAUGUCGGAGGAAAUUGUGCAGGUUCUAGGUGAUGCAAAUAAUGUGAAGAAUGCUGUAGCAAUCAUUUCCUCACGACUGAGGGAGAGCCAGCAUCGUGAUCGUACUCAUUUUCAUGGUCGACUACAUUCACCUGAGCGGUUCUUUCCUUCUGAUGAUGAUUAUAUCCCUCACAUGAACAAUACACCACGCAGAACAUCCAUGGAUGGGGCUCCUUUUGAAUCCCGAUUAUCUGACAGCAUGGCCGGUGCCAGAAGCAAUAACUAUGCCUCACGGCCAUCUGGCUAUACGAUGGAAUAUGGGUCUGCUGCUGUGGCUGACAAUGCACAGCUGUAUUCUUUUGAGGACCUUGUUUUUCGAAUACUUUGCCCAAUUGACAAGGUGGACUGUGUUUUUGGAGAGUCUGAUGGGAUUAUAGAAUUGCUUCAAAAUGAAAUUGGUGUGGAUGUUAAGGUUACUGAUCCAGUGGCUGGGUCAGAUGAGCAGAUAAUUAUCAUUUCAUCCGAGGAGGGUCCUGACGAUGAGCUAUUUCCAGCUCAAGAAGCUUUGUUGCAUAUCCAAACUCGAAUUGUUGAUCUUGCUCCGGAAAAGGAAAAUAUUAUUACCACUCGCUUACUUGUUCCAUCUGGUGAGAUUGGAUGUUUGGAGGGAAGAGAUGGAUCAUUAUCUGAGAUGAAGAAAUUAACUGGUGCAAACAUACAGAUCCUGCCUAGGGAAGAACUCCCUGUAUUUGUUUCAGAGACAGAUGAGAUUGUACAGAUCGUAGGGGAGAUAAAAGCUGCCCGAGAGGCUCUUCUUGAAGUGACAUCAAGACUACGUAGUUACCUAUAUCGAGAGUUCUUUCAAAAAGAUAUGCCUCCACCUAUAUCUGCACCCAGUCCUGUGGGAAGUGCAUUAGCGCUGGAGGCAGUUUCUGCCAAUAUCGUGACUCCUGUUCGCGAAGGUUAUGCUGGAAGUGACCUUCCUGCUGCAACUUUUCAAAAUGUGCCUACUCUUGGAGCAGCACAGCCCGCAAGGGACUCUGGAGGAUCUGGCAGUGAAACAGUUAAGCAGACUGAAGGUGAGCGUCGUGAAGAGGUGCCGAGUACGUUGAACAGAUUCCCUGUGCCGCUUGUCACUAGGAGUAUACUGGAAGUGAUCAUACCACAGCAAGCAGUCCCCAAGCUCAUAACAAAAUCAAAGAACAAGCUUGCUCAGAUCAGUGAGUUGUCAGGAGCUAAUGUCAAACUGAUUGAAGAUAGACCAGAAGUAACAGAGAACAUCAUUCAAAUAUCGGGUACUCCAGAGCAGGCUGAGAGAGCCCAGAGCUUGCUUCAGGGAUUUAUUUUAAGCACCCAAGAAGAUGGACCUUGAAGUGAUGCGGGAAAGUAGACGCGCGUGUGAGGCUAAUUAAAGCUGCUUGAAUGAGGAGAGUGCCUUGCAGUUUUUAUCUAGUCUUACUUCUUGGAUGCAACUCCUAUAGAAAGGGUAUCCUUCUCCAUAUCUAGUCUCAGAAAGGUAUGUAUGUUGUUUCUUGAAUUGUCGGCAGUUCUACAAGGAAGAAUGUACAAAGGGAAACUGGGGAAUACUGUAAAUUUUACUUUGAUGAUUUGUUAUUGUCUUAUGUUUUGCAAUGUAGCAAUUUUCCUGCAUGAAUGAGGUAACGGAGUUGAGGACUUAACUAGUGUGCUAUAUUCAGGCAGUUGCCUAUUAUAUACCGUUGUGCUUCGGGUUGAUGCCUAAAUUUGAGUUAUAAAUUUCUCAUUUCACGGUGCA